CCCGCCUUUAAAGACCGCCCCAUUCUGGCCCCCUUUCCCCCUCCACUCGCCUCACGCAACGCACACAGGCACCACCCGUCACGCGGCGCACGAGCACGCAUCCACUCCCACGUCGCCGAUCCCACCCGAAGGUUCCGAGAUGAAGUCGAGGGCGAGGUCCAGCGGCGCCGACUCCAGGCUCUCGGUGAGGAAGAGCAAGGCCGAGAAGGACCCGAACAAGCCCAAGAGGCCUCCGAGCGCGUUCUUCGUCUUCAUGGAGGAGUUCAGGAAGGACUACAAGGAGAAGCACCCCAAUGUGAAGCAAGUCUCUGUGAUUGGCAAGGCUGGUGGUGACAAGUGGAAGUCCCUGUCCGAGGCUGAGAAGGCCCCCUUCGUGACCAAGGCCGAGAAGCUCAAGGCUGAGUACACCAAGAAGAUGGACGCCUACAACAACAAGCCGUCUGGAGGCCCUACCGCGUCUGGUGACUCUGACAAGUCCAAGUCCGAGGUGAACGACGAGGAUGAGGAGGGUGACGAGUGAUGCAUGGAGCUCUCGCCCACCAAGUCGUUGCAAUCAGUAGGGAAGUCUUCGUCGUCGUCUGCCUAACCCGGCGGUGCUGCUGUCGCUGCUCCUUAGCCUCUGGAUGCUGUCUGUCCUUCUAGAUGUAGCAGUAGUAGUUGUCCCCUCUUGGAGUUGGUAGUUGCUAGUGUCCCUGAAGUGAGGCAGUUUAGCUGUAGUGUGUUCGCUUCUUCGGCACUCGACCGUUGUUGGAAUGUCAGUCUGCAGUCUGUACUUACCCCCAAGCAUCCGUGCGACCGUGCCUGUUUUAUCUCACAUCUUAAUAGAUGAGUUUUUGCUGAUCAGAAUUCA